GUGCUCCUGAUUUAUUGCCAGAGCUCUUUACACCCUCCCCAGUACGCGUUCUUUUUACUUUCCGCUGUGCGCGGUACCGAACACACACGACAAUCAGUUGGUGGCGCCCACUAAUACGGAGAAACUCGUAGACUGGAGUCGAUUAAGAGGGGCCUUUCGUCGUGGCGCGAAAUAGCUGAUAGCGUUAGAGGGUUUCGUUUCCAGCACGAGAGCACAAUUUGUCGAAAUAAGAGCCCUGAAAGUCUUCACACUAAAGUAGUACGCUCGAGCUCGAGCCACGUGCCAUCCAUACUCUUAGAGCUUGCGAUCCGCGUGUAUUCCUGACGUCACGUAUACAUCCCAAAAUUCGCUCAGUUGGCGUCUGACGCCACAAGGAUAGUUCUCCAUCCCCUUACUACCGAGAACGUAAUCACUUCGACGAAACGUUGUCGCUACGCUGCACAUAGUACGCGUUAUAGUCCCUCUUGUUGAAGCUAUACUUCCUCAAACUGAGAACGCGGCGCUAACUCGAAAUGACCACUGAUCGCCUUCACACGCGACAGAAUCCGAGCAGCUCCGUCACGUCGUCAGCCACGUCAUCAGCCACGUCAGAAGCCACAUCAGCAACCACGUCAGAAUCCACGUCAGAAGCCACAUCAGCAGCGGUAUCACCCCAUCGCUGCCGGCCAACGCGACGUGCUUGCCAGGCUUCAGACCCCUUACGUCAUUUUGCUACUAGAUUUGGACCUCGUCGAUCCGACGCGCAAGUUUCUCGACUUAACACCACCAUGGCCUCUCGCACCUUCGCCUCUUUACGGAUUGCGCUACUCGCGGCGUCAAUCGCGCUGGUCGCAGCGCUGGGGAGACUUCCAGCGGCGGCUGCCGUCGCGCCUGCGCCGGUUGCGGUCCACUCGAGCAUGUUCCCCCCGCUAUUAGCACUGGGCAAGGCGCUGAGAGUGCCGAGCAGUUACGGGUGGUCGGGCACGCGUGAGUGUAACGAUGGGUGGACGGGCGUUGUGUGCGACGCGGAUGGCAAGCCGAUUUCAAUACAAUUCAUGUCAACAUGGACUGGAGGCUCCCUCUCUGAUGACGUCACCCAGCUCACAUCGCUCCAAUCCCUGCUACUAGACAAGCUUAACAUGAAUGGGGAGAUUCCCACAGGCAUGGAGAGCCUACAGCUGCUCACAGCGCUGGCUCUGAACGGUAAAUACUUGGGAGGGGAUCUGCCGGCGGCCAUAGGCCAGCUCACCAACCUCGCGCACCUCUCCAUCAGGGGGGGCGAGCUCUCUGGCAGUCUGCCUGUGGCAUACAGUGCGCUCACUCGCCUCAUACUCUUGACGCUAGGCUCCAAGGCGUCCUUCGGUCAAACGUCCAAUAUCCGGGGGACCCUCCCACCUGCCUACUCCUCUCUUGUCGCCCUACAAUACCUGGACCUGGGCUUUAACCGCCUUUCCGGACCCAUCCCAACUUCAUGGGGUGCUCUAGGCAACCUCUUUUCCUUGUCCAUGCCCAACAACCUCCUCUCUCAGCGCAUCCCCAAGCCCAUUGCCAGCCUGCCCCAUCUAGACUAUGUGAAUCUAGCCAACAACGUUUUCACCGGCCCCAUACCCGCAUUCUCGGACACGGUGGACCGUCUCAUGCUUCCCCGCAAUCUCCACACUGGCAACCUCCCCCACCUCCCCUCCCUUAUCACCGCCCUCUCCCUCGCCCACAACCUUCUCACCGGCCCUCUUCCGAACGUCUUCCCACCACAGCUCGAGUCCCUCGACCUCCGAGGGAACUACUUUGUCGGUGUGGUGCAGCUCAAAUUCGGGCUCUCGCCUGCUUCUGCGGAGCCCCUGUCGUCGUGUGCCAAUAUGCAGCUCGCCGGUAACUGCUUGACUUCGGCGUCCGAUUGCGCAAGCAAAAGGACGCAGCGGGCUCCGUUUCGGUGCAAGAACCUGUGUGGAAAUUUCGGGUGGAAUUCAAAAUCGACUUCUGGCACCCAGUGCGGAGGACUGGGGAGUUGUCGGCCGCUUUUUCCACGAGGCCGGGCUUGGCUCAAAGGAUCGUUGUCAAGGUUUCCAUUCCUUGCAAAUCGUGGCUGGUUGAGCUCGGUUGUCUGGGCGUGCAAGUGCAAUGCCGGAGCAAGGCCAGCAAUUCUUAGGGGCUUUCAAACAUGUGUGAAAAUGUAGUUCGGCAUUUUAAAUUCCUUUAGGUAGUAUGUUUUGAGCCAUGGAACGAUGUACUUGGUUUGAAUGCUCUGUUGACUCAAUUUAAGUCAUGUGAGUGUCAGC